UGUUUUUGCGGAACUACUAAAUUCAAACCUGAGUUCAUUAUUCUUCUUUUUGUCCGUGGCAAAAACUCAGCUGAUGAACGUGACGUAACAUUUCAGGGAAGCAACAGGCUCGCGAAUUAUUUCACCACGACAACACUUCUAUAUUUGAAAUAUCUUAUUUCUUUCGCUGUUUGCACGUUCUUAAUGGAGUUCCUGAAAUGCUUCGUCGGCCGUCUCCGACCCCACUUUCUUGCCGUUUGUCAGCCUGAUUGGUCUCGCAUGGAUUGCACGGACAAGGAAUAUAUUCCUGUGUCAGAAACGUUCUGUACGAAUCCUGACACAAGGCGAAUUCGUACGGCUAGAACCUCGUUUCCAUCAGGGCACACUGCGGCCGCUUUUCACGUUUGGAUCUUUCUUGUCAUAUAUUUGUGCAGAAUGGCAAGGAUCACAGCGAUUCCAUCUUUAUACAAAACUCGCAACAUAUUGUUAGCGAUCUUCACGGGCUGGACUGGAUUUACCGCAAUAACCAGGAUCACUGAUUAUUGGCAUUAUCCAAGCGAUGUUCUCGAGGAGUUACAUCUGAAAGAAGCAUGCAAGCAUUUUGAAGCUUUAUUCAAUCGUGUUAAGAAGAAAGAAGAGUUUGUCGACUGGAUUCACACCACCUAUUGUGAGGGUGAAGACUGCGCUAAACCAAUGUUCGUGAUUGAUUCCAUAAGCAAACUGCGUGAGAUAGCGGACCACAUAAAAGCGAAGGUUCACGUUGACUGCUUUUUGUAUGAUGAUCAUUCAAUGCAGGCAAUGAUUGCUGCAGGAAAGUUGCAACGGAGAUUCUGUGUUGACUGUGGUUCCAGAAAUAUCAAGGAUUUAAACUUUAUAAGUCACAGCCUAGCGCACUGUCAGCUAGAGUUCAUCUUCACCCAGCUUGUUCCUCUGAAAUCACAACCGGAAGGAUUUCGUGUCUUAGAUAUCGGUUCUCGUCUAGGAGCAGUCAUAUAUGCAGCCUCCUUGUACGGUUGCGGAAAGGUAUCGGUAACCGGAGUGGAGCUUAAUGAGGAGCUGGUUAAGCUUCAAGAGGAGGUGAUCAGUAAUUUCAACCUG